CCAUAAUUUUUUUUGGGAUGGAUGAUUUUAUUCAUCUAAAUACAGAUUUUUUGAAAUGUUACACAGUCAGUGCAAAUGUUAAGCACUAUAAAAGUGAGAAAUUAGGUGAACCCUGUGUUUCGAGUGUCCAAAUUUGUUCCACAUCACCUCACUUACAACAUUGUAAAACUUGCAUUAAGCUUGCAGACUUAAUUCGAAUUAGUUCUGCUAAAUUUUUGGCCCGAAUUACGAAUUGAUUUUACGAAUAAUAAUGUUAAGGUGUUAUCACAUUCCGGCAAUUUUACUUGCCUUCACUUUUACUCUCACUCGAGGAAGCGUCCUCAUCCCAGACGUCGCUUAUGGAUCGCAUCCCGAUCAAAUUAUGGACAUUUACCUCCCCUCCAAUGAUACAACUCGCGUUUCCAAAGUUGCCGUCCUAAUCCACGGUGGUUCCUGGGACAGUGGGGACAAAGGUCAGAUGGCGGAAGUUGUCGAGUUUUUGGAAACAUUUUUUCCCGAGAUUUGCAUCGUUAACAUCAAUUUUCGUCACGGCAACCAUUCAAGUCCCGGGUUCCCCAAGCAGUUAGAAGACAUCGACCAGGUAGUGACCUACAUGAAAAACACCUUCAUCCAAACAGUAUCUUUCGCCAUGUUUGGCACCUCUUCCGGCGGGCAUCUUGCCGCCCUGUAUGGUUACUACUGGGAUAAGACAGCCCAAAAUGUCAAGGUCAUCGUGACCAUUGUCGGCCCCACUGACCUCACCGACCCCGCCUACGACACCCACUCCGAGUGGGAACGAUUCUUUAAUUUUGUGGGACCCUGUCGCCACCAAGAAUGUCCGGAACGGUACAUCGAAGCCAGCCCAAUGUACCACGUGGAUGACAAUUCCCCCAAAACGAUUGGUUUCUUUGGCACGUUGGAUUAUCUCAUUCCGCCCUCGCAAAUGUAUCGACUCCGUGAAAAACUGGAUCAGGCCGGAGUUGUCAAUAAAUUUACACUGUAUCCCGGGGGACAUUGGGAUAAUUGGUCGGAGGAGAACAAGGCGGAUACGGUGGUGCAAAUUACACAAUUUUUUAAUGGGCAUUGGCAAUAGUUUGGAGUUCUUAAUUGACUUUGAGAUGAGUAAUCGGAUUUUAUAUAAAAUUAUUUCAUGUAUAAGUAUAUAAUUUUAGACAAUAAAUUCAAAGUUGGUAAAGUAUCGUUGAAAUAAUUCCGUUCAAA